GCCGCGGGGAGACGCGCGGCCGCCGCGCUGCCCUCCCCGGGCCCCCGCCGCGGGGCUUGCGGCUUAUUUUCCCAGCUGGCAAGCGUCGCGCUGCAGACAAGGGAAUGCCUGUGGUCCUGCGUGCUCCAGAGUUCGGGGGCCCCCUGAUCCCGCCCAGCCCCCUCCAGGAGCGGAAGGGUUAAGCAUGAUGAGGAAGAAGAGGAAGCGAGGCGCGUCCCCCGGCCCAUGCCGCAGCCACGGCCGCGACCCCGCCACGGCGCCCGCGCCGCCGCCCUCGCCGGAGCCCACGAGACCUGCAUGGACGGGCAUGGGCUGCAGAGCAGCUCCUUCCUGCGCCGCCGCCGCCGCCGCCGCCCCCGCCGCCGCCGCCGGGGCUGAGCAGCGCCGCCGCCCGCAGCCCUGCCCGCCGCCCCGCCCGCCGCCCCCGGUGCUGCUGCCGCUGCUGCUCCUGCUCGGCCUCGGACUGCUCCACGCAGGUGACUGCCAACAGCCGGCCCAGUGUCGGAUCCAGAAGUGUACCACGGACUUCGUGUCGCUGACGUCGCACCUGAACUCCGCCAUCGACGGCUUUGACUCGGAGUUCUGCAAGGCCCUGCGUGCCUACGCCGGCUGCACCCAGCGGACCUCGAAAGCCUGCCGCGGCAACCUGGUGUACCAUUCGGCCGUGCUGGGCAUCAGCGACCUCAUGAGCCAGAGGAACUGUUCCAAGGAUGGCCCCACAUCCUCUACCAACCCUGAAGUGACCCAUGACCCUUGUAACUAUCACAGCCACGCGGGAGCCAGAGAACACGGGGGAGGGGAUCUGAGCCCUCCCAGUUACCUUUUUUGUGGCUUGUUUGGAGAUCCUCACCUUAGAACUUUCAAGGACCACUUUCAGACGUGCAAAGUGGAAGGAGCCUGGCCCCUCAUAGACAAUAAUUACCUUUCAGUUCAAGUGACGAACGUGCCUGUGGUCCCUGGAUCCAGUGCUACUGCUACAAAUAAGGUGACCGUCAUCUUCAAGGCCCACGGCGCGUGCACGGAGCAGAAGGUGUACCAGGCGGUGAGCGACGACCUGCCGGCGGCCUUCGUGGACGGCAGCACGAGCGGCGGCGACGGCGACGCCAAGAGCCUGGUGGUGCGGGAGCGCGAGAGCGGCCGCGCCGUGGAGAUGCACGCGCGCUACAUCGGCACCACCGUGUUCGUGCGCCAGCUGGGCCGCUACCUGACGCUGGCGCUGCGCAUGCCCGAGGCGCUGGCCAUGGCCUACGAGGAGAGCCAGGACCUGCAGCUGUGCGUGCACGGCUGCCCGCUGGCCGAGCGCAUCGACGACGGCCGCGGCCGGGUGUCGGCCAUCCUGGGCCGCCCCGCGCCGCCGCCCGGGCCCGGCUUCUCGCUGGAGGCGGCGCACGCGCGCUGCCGGGAGCGGGUGCCGCUGCAGGACCUCUACUUCCAGUCGUGCGUCUUCGACCUGCUCACCACGGGCGACGCCAACUUCUCGGCGGCCGCGCGCAGCGCCCUGGAGGACGUGGCGGCGCUGCACCCGCGGCGGGAGCGCUGGCACCUGUUCCCGGGCGGCGGCGGCCCCGCGGGCGCGGGCGCGGGCGGGGGCGCGGGCGGGGCGCGGGCCCUGGGCGCCGGGCUGGCGGGCCUGCUGCUGCUGCGGCUGCUCUAGGCGGCGGCGCGGCGGCGCGGGGCUGGGGUGGUUUUUUUUGUUUUUUUUUUUUUUUUGGUCUAUAACAGAAUUUUAAAAUAUAUAUUGUCAUAAUAUAUUGAGUAAAAGAGUAUAUAUGUAUAUAGCGUGCAGCCGCCGGCGCGGGGGCGUCCGGAGGGGCCGGCGGCGGGGGCGGGGGAGGCAGCGGGCCGCGAUUGUACUGAUUUUUGUUUUGCAGUUUUGUGAAAUAUUUUAUAAUGUCCCUCCCUGGGGACCUGUUAGAAAGCACUUUAUUUUUUAUAUAUUAAAUAUUUAUGUGUGUACCUGGUUAGUACGUACAGUACCUAUACGCAGACCCCCCCCCCACGUGCCCUUGGGGAGGACCGGGGGCGGGCGCUGUCCCCACCCCCUCCUGCAGCAGGUGGCCUCACCCCGGCCUGCCCCCCCCCCCCCGCUCCCCUUGAGGCCGUCACUCUGCGAGGGGCAGGGAGAAGCCGCCUGCGGCCCUACGGAUCGUUCCACUGAGCACGUCCCACACGGGAGGUUGAGCCACACAAAACUGCUGUUUCCAUAGGCCCGAAGGGGCGAGAGGGGACAAGUUCAUGGAGAGGUACCAGGCGCUGUGCUAGACACCCCCCCCCCCCCCGAGCGCUCAGACUUUUGCUCAUCCAGGUCCCCGGUCCCACUGUCACCCCUUUCUGCCCUCGCCUGGGUGCAAGCCGGGGCCUCGGGCCGGGCUGGGUGCCCUGGGAACCGCGCUGCACCCGGGCUCACCCCCGGAGGGCCCUCCUCGGCCUCCCCGCCCCCCCCAAGCCCGGAGCCAGGCUGUGUUGGACGCUUGCCUCCUGGCAAGGCCCGGGCCGCCCCAGAGCAGGGCCUCCCUGAUGCGACUGACGGGUGGGGGGGGGGCUAGCUAAUCCAGGCCUGGUGGCGCCCCAGGCCGCGUGUCUGUCUCUGUCAUCGGCUCCUCGGGCUGCUAAGAGAGGCUCCUUAGGCACCUGCUCGUAGAACCUGGUUAAACUCCCAUCAGGUACCUCCUUGCCGCCUCCCUUAACCCCGUUGGCGGCCCCGGUGCUAAAGGAAAGCCCCACGCCCCAAGUGCAAGAGCGGCGAGGAAGGGAGUGCUAGGGAAGGUAAAUCUCUCGUUUGUCUAUGUAAGUGUUUGGUCCCAAGGAGCAAGGACGCAAUUUUUAACUUAGCUCAGUGCAAAAAAAAAAAAAAAAAAAAAUGAACUUGAGCGACCACAGCAGUGUGCAUCCAGAGCGCGCCAGCGCGCGGAGCUGUAGCGGGCCAGGCCUGGCAUUCCCGCCUUUCGCCACGGCCCGUCGGUGAGGGUCACUGCCAGAGGCCCCCGACUGGCAGGAAAAGAGGAUUUCGCUUUGCGGAAAAUUCUAUUUCGUCGUGAACUGAUGGGUCAUCCAACCGCAGGAUGGAGCUGUGGGUUCAUCUAGAGGUGGCGACCGUCCUCUCUUUCUGUGAUCUAGGACAGAGUCGCCUUGGCCAGUCUGGGAAAACCACAAAGGCAUCCGGCUUCUGACGUGAUAGAGAUGCAGCGCCAGAGAAUUGAAACCUAAACCAGUUAACCUUUUAUAAAAACUGGACUGGGGGCCUACCUGCCAUCAGCGCUGAACUGGGGCUGUGUUUGUUCACCUGGGGAACCGGGGGCCAGGUUCAGAAGCUAGAGUUAGCUAGUAACUUUGUUAUGUAACAGAGUAGAACAAAGGGAAAAUAGAGUACUUAUAACCACUAUUCUUGUGCAAACAGUAUAAUGAAAGUGAAGUAAAAGCGGUAGAAACUCCUACAGUAUCUGGCCUUAGGGCGCAGAUGGUCGAUAUAACCUUUGUCCUUUUCAGGGAAAGCAAAACCACCACCUCUACUAACAGUUGGGGAAGGACAGACCCUUAACUCAGGCCACGGUGCCCUAUCGGAGAGCUGGCGAGGCCCCUGCCAGGCAUUCUGUGUCACUCGCGUUCUUACCAGUGUAUUUGGCUCUUGUGCCUUUACAAUCCGAGUCCCUGUACGACCUUUCCCAUCCCCACAGGUAACUGAGACAUACAGAUGAUUCUCUAGUGGAAGACCAAGUUAUUCUUGUUUUUGUCCUAGCACUUCUAGAGAAAAUACUACUUGUGCAUUUGGGUUCUUGAAAUUCUCCUUAGACCAAAGUUUCAGGUUCUACCAACAUCUGGAUACGCUGUAGCUAUUCAGAGGUCUCCUGGGGGAGCUUAAGACUGGGGGGGAAACACUGGUUUUCACAGAUGCGCCACAUGGCUGUCUUUUAAAAGACUCCAAGCCUAUUUUUUUUUUGUCCUUUCCUUCUCUUUGUUAUGCUUGGAAAUUCCCAGUGUGUCGAGUCUUUGCAAAGAAACCUUUAGAUGUGGUUCAUAGGUAUAUGAAUAAGUAUCUGUGUAAAACAGUGAGUGUGCAGUGUGUAAAUACUUUAAAUUAUUAUGCUAGAAAAAUAAAGUUACAUACCAUGCUGUGGAA